UUUCUUUCUUUCUUUCUUGAAGUUGUUAGAACUUGACAGGUUACUUAAGGACCCCAUCCUGAACAUUCAUGAUCUUACCCAAAUCCACUCAGACAUGAACCUCCCAGUGCCUGACCCGAUCCUUCUCACAAACAGCCAUGAUGGACUGGAUGGGCCAAACAUGAAAAAAAGGAAGCUGGAAGACUGUGAAGAGACCCUCCAGGGUACCAAAGUGUUUGUGAUGCCCAAUGGGAUGCUGAAGAGCAACCAGCAGCUGGUGAACAUCAUUGAGAAAGUGAAACCAGAGAUCAGGCUGUUGAUUGAGAAGUGUAACACGGUCAAAAUGUGGGUGCAGCUUCUUAUCCCUAGGAUAGAAGAUGGAAACAACUUUGGUGUUUCUAUUCAGGAGGAGACUGUAGCUGAGCUUCGUACUGUGGAGAGUGAGGCAGCUUCCUACCUGGACCAGAUUUCUAGAUACUAUAUCACACGAGCAAAGUUGGUUUCGAAAAUAGCAAAAUACCCUCAUGUGGAGGAUUAUCGCCACACAGUGACAGAGAUUGAUGAGAAGGAAUACAUUAGUCUGCGCCUGAUCAUAUCAGAGCUGAGGAAUCAAUAUGUCACUUUGCAUGACAUGAUUCUUAAAAACAUCGAGAAGAUCAAGAGGCCUCGGAGCAGCAAUGCCGAGACCCUCUACUAAGUGUCAACAUUUGAACUUGAGAACUGUUCAGUCCACUAAAGACUGUCAUUGCCUUGGUUUGUUACGUGACUAUCGAGAUGGGAAACUGGCUGGAAAUAGUAUCGCACUCUUAGUUAAAUUCUAACGAAACUCAAAAAAACCCAAAAAAAAAACUUAU